UGGAACCGCGGCCCGCUCGGACGUCACCUUCUCCCUUCACUAUUAUCGAUUUUGACAAUUUUAUUAAUAUGACCGCGCCGCGAAGUAUUGGAAUUUCGGGUGGUUUCUGUUUUGACGUCUUCUUACGUACGAUUCUGGCAAUCAUAUACGUGGAGCUAGAAAAUGCAGAACCGUUUAUAAGAAGAAUCCACGAAGAUGAAUUAUGGUUGUACAGAAACCCUCGAACGGAUCCCUAUGUGCCGACUACUUUAUUAUGGCCACUUGUAUUUAUUUUCCCCACUAUUGCCAUCUGUCUUGCAUUCUUAAUAAAUAAAGACAAGUUCGAUGCUUGUCAAUCGGUCUUUGCCGUGACGUUGGCUUUAGGAUUAAAUGGUGUACUUACGGAUGUAUUGAAACUAAUUGUGGGCAGGCCAAGACCAGAUUUUUAUUGGAGAUGUUUCCCGGAUGGACGAGUAAAUACCGAGUUUAAAUGUACCGGAAAUCCUAGCGAUGUCAAAGAUGGACGAAUGUCAUUUCCCAGUGGACAUUCCUCGUUUGCAUUUGCGAGUCUUGGUUUCGUCGCGUUAUACUCGGCUGGAAAGCUUCACACGUUCAGUCUAGGAGGAAAAGGGCAAUCUUGGAAGCUAUGUAUUUUCCUGUUUCCUCUCUGCAUCGCUCUCGCCAUAGCAAUAAGCAGAACUUGUGAUUAUCAUCACCACUGGCAAGAUGUGACGGUGGGUUCGACGAUAGGAUUUUGUUUGGCAUAUUUAUGUUACCGACAUUAUUAUCCACCAUUGGAUUCCCAGUUCUGUCAUCGACCGUAUAACACUCUUAUCCCACAAACCGACGCUGACAACAUGAAAACCACAAAGUCUGAGAUGAUUAAAUGGAUUUAAUCGUGAUAUCGAGGUUCGAUCUCUGCGAGACCGGACUGG